AUGUCGAAGAAAGUCCUGCGCAUCGGCUUCGUGCCGGAGCACUUUGCUGCCCCUCUACACCACCUUGCAGCCACCACGUGGGGCAAGGAGAACAUCGAGCUGGUCAGCCAACCCUCUGGCACAGGUCAGAUGCUCACUUCGCUCGACGCCUCCUCGGGUCAAAAGAUCGACGUAGCCGUAGCACUCACCGAAGCGCUCAUCACGGGCAUCGCCAAGGGUCGUACCGACUACAAGUUGGUCGGCUCGUACGUACGCACCUCCCUCAAUUGGGCGGUCAUCACCGGCACCUCUCCCGCUGCGUCCUCGUACAACGCCAUCUCCGACCUCAAGGCGACCAAGAUCGGCAUCUCCCGCGUAGGCUCGGGCAGUCAGAUCAUGGCCAGCGUCAUGGCUCUCCAGCACAACUGGGGUGCGGGGGAGAUCCAGUUCAAGGUCAACGACACUUUCGCCCAACUUCGGGACGGGGUCAACGGCAAGGAGCCGUGGGAGAGCAGCUGCUUCAUGUGGGAGUGGUAUACCACCAAACCGUAUGUCGAUUCGGGCGAGGUGCGGUUUAUUGGGAGUGUGCCGACGCCCUGGCCGAGUUGGACCAUCGCUGCGUCGACGAACACGUUGGCGCAGGAGAGCGAGGAGGGCAAGGUGCUAGGGGAGUUUUUGACGAGGUUGCAGGAGGAGAUUCGCAAAUUUGCAAAUCCGCAGACGCGCAAGGAUGGGACGGCGAAGAAGUGGAUCGUAGACCACCACCAGUACAAGGAGGAGGAUGUGGAGAGCUGGUUGGAGACGGUGAGGUGGGUUGGGGAGGAGACGGAGAAUCCGACUGGCGUGAAAGUGCCGAGCAGCGGUCAAAACACCACCACGCAAACCAUCUCGGCCAGUACGAUCAGGGAGACCCUCGAGCUGCUCGAAAAGGCAGGUGUGGUCAAGGCUGAUAUCGACGUCAAGAAGUUCGUAGACAACGACAGCCGGCUUGUCGACUAG